AUGAAGAUCACCGAAGUGGUCAAGGACUUCGAGAUGGGGAUGGAGGAGUCACAGAACCAGCGCGAUAGCAGGGUCGAGGACCUGUGGAGGAAGCUGGACCCGCACGGCACAGGGGAGCUGGACCUGAAGGGGCUGCAGAAGGGCCUGCGGAGGAUAGACCAUCCUUUGAAGAAUGCCGACGACUUGCUAGGGGAGGUUGUCAGGGCGGUCGACACGAACCGGGACGGCAAGAUACAGUACGAAGAAUUUCGAGUCUUCGUCGAGGCUGCCGAGCGCCAGCUGCUCCGGCUUUUCAAGUCCAUUGACCGGAAUCACGAUGGCAAAUUGGGCCAGGAGGAACUCAGGGCGGCCUUCCAGAAGGCAGGGCUCGCCGUGCCCAAAAGGCGGCUUGCCGGGUUUUUCGAAGAGGUCGACAUGAACCACGACGGCUUCAUAAGCUUCGACGAGUGGCGAGACUUUUUGCUGUUUAUGCCCACCAACCCGAGCGGCUCCCCCCUCGAAGCCGCAUUGUCCUAUUAUUCUUCAAUUGUUACUCUUAAUGCUGAAGGCGAUUCUAUGGUCACGGAAGAAACACUCGAGGGCAUAGGUACGACCGGCUUCCUUCUUCACGCACUUUUUGGCUCUAUUGUCAGGCUUGCACAACCUGCCCCUCCUGAUCCGUCUCCCAACCUCAAUCAACCUGGACCCACGACCGCAACCUCAACUGCGACAGACCCCUCGUCGCAACCAACCUCGUCUUCGAGAAAACCACCCAUCUCCUCACAACUCAAACCACCACUCGAAGACGACCCUGCGGCGACAGCAAACACCAACGAAAUGGCAGCUGCUUACGCCAACACCCCUCAACCCGCUGCUGGCAGCGUUCAAGGCACCAUCCAGCAGGUGACUGGAGAAGCUGUCAGGAGCCUCAAGGUCAUAGCCACCUCGGGCACUUCAUUCGGCGGCAGCAGCAGAGGCAGCAGCAUCAGCAGUGACGACGAGCACGAGUUUUUGGACAUCCACGACCACCAUCCCCAGCUGCAAUGGCGCGAACUUGAUGACGAGGAGUGCGAGGAUAAGCUUACAAAAUCGAGACUAACCCAAUACCUGCCUGAACCAGGUUACUUUCUCGCCGGUGCUCUCGCAGGCGGGAUCUCGCGCACGGCGACAGCUCCACUCGAUCGCCUCAAGGUCUACCUGCUCGUCAACACCAAGACAAAGGCCGGCGUCGCUGCUGAUGUUGUUAAGCAAGGCCAACCGCUGGCUGCUGUCCGAGCGGCUGGCAAGCCAAUUGGUGAUGCCGUCCACGCUUUGUGGAAGGCUGGCGGUUUCCGCACCUUUUUCGCAGGGAAUGGGCUGAAUGUGAUCAAGAUCAUGCCCGAAACUGCAAUCAAAUUCGGCUCGUACGAGGCUGCAAAGCGCACCCUUGCCACCCUCGAGGGACAUGACGAUCCGACCAGGAUCAACCCCUACUCAAAGUUUGCUGCUGGUGGUGUUGCAGGCAUGACUGCACAGUUUUGCGUGUAUCCACUAGAUACCCUCAAGUUCCGUCUGCAAUGCGAGACGGUCGAAGGUGGUCUGACUGGCAACGCGCUCCUUGUUCAGACCGCCAAGAAGAUGGUCGCUGAGGGAGGUUUCCGGAGUGCGUACCGAGGCAUCACCAUGGGCUUGGUCGGCAUGUUCCCGUACAGCGCGAUCGACAUGGGCACAUUUGAAUUCCUGAAGAAGACCUUCACGCGAUACAAGGCCCGCUACUAUGGGCUCCACGAGGAGGAUGCGGCCCCUGGGAACGUCGUGACUGGCAUCAUUGGUGCGACUUCAGGUGCCUUCGGUGCCACUGUGGUCUACCCUCUGAACGUCCUUCGCACGCGACUUCAGACCCAGGGCACGGUCAUGCACCCACCAACCUAUACCGGCAUCUGGGACGUGGCGCGAAAGACGUACAGUAAUGAGGGCUUGCGAGGGAUGUACAAGGGAUUGACGCCGAAUCUGCUCAAGGUCGCGCCGGCUCUCAGCAUCACGUGGAUCGUCUACGAGAACUCGAAGAGUUUCCUCGGCCUGCACUGA